AUGCAUUCUUAUUUUCUACUAUCUACAGUAGUUUUAACUUUAUCGCUUAUAUUUCUUGAAGGAAUUAAUGUAGUGUCUGGAGAAGGUGUUAUUUUCGACGUUAGGACAUUUUUCUUAGAAUGUUGGUUAAACUUGUGUUUACGUUUACAAGGAACAUUCGGUUUCUUCCUUGAAGAUUUGAAAAAGAAAUACGGGGGACAACGAAACUCAUGA